CAUGACACUAGCAGUUCAGACUUCCUUUGCUGCCUGGGUGUGAUUGGAUAGGACGGUUCUUCAAUGAAACCAACAACCUUGCAGAAACUUGGGCUGUGAAGAGUUUGCAUGUCCAAAGUCAGAUAUCAAAAUGAGAGCAGCAUCAGCCCUGCUUAUAGUACUAACAGCAUUCGCAGCUUACUAUGUGUAUACUCCUCUACCUAGCUCACUGGCAGAGCCCUGGAAACUCAUGCUACUCGAUGCCACCUUCAGAUGUGUACAGGACCUGAGCAAUUUGGCCCAUUAUUUGGGUCUUAGCCAUCACAUGAGAGUACUGAAUUUUGUUUCUAGUUAUUUUGACAAAUUGGAUCCUGUAUCCACUGAACAUUUAAAGGUCACUGACACCGUUUUUGAUGCAGUAGAAGUCAGAAUUUUUGAACCUACAAACGAGAUUAGUGGAGCUUUAAAGAGAGCGAUUGUAUAUAUACAUGGAGGAGGUUGGGCCCUUGGAGGUGCAAGAAUGAGAUCUUAUGACAGCUUGUGUCGGAGAAUAUCUGAAGAUGUUAAUGCAGUCAUUGUUUCAAUUGAGUACAGAUUGGUACCAGAUGUUCAUUUCCCCGAGCCACUAAAUGAUGCACUGGCAGCUACAAAGUACUUCAUACGGCCAGAAGUUCUUGCAAAGUAUUCUGUUGAUCCAGACAGAAUCGCAGUGUCUGGGGACAGUGCAGGAGGAAACCUGGCUGCUGCGGUGUGUCAGCAGCUCACCGAAGAUAAAAGUUUAAGAACCAAAGUAAAACUCCAAGUCUUAAUCUACCCUGUUCUUCAGGUGUUAGAUUUCAACACUCCUUCUUAUCAACAGAAUAAGGAUAUGCCGAUUCUUUCUCGCUUUGUCAUGAUAAAGUUCUGGUUGGCUUACCUAAAUGGGAAUCACAAGUUUGUACACUCUAUGUUGAUCAACAAUCAUACUUCUCUUGAUUUAAGUCAAACCGUUACUUUACGGGAACGCAUAAACUGGGAUUUAUUGCUGCCAACCUCAUUUAAAAAGAGCUUCAAACCAGUUUUGCAAAGUAUAGGAACUCCAAAUAUAAUUAAGGACUUACCUGUAUUACUUGACUUUCGAGCUUCUCCCCUUAUAGCACCUAAGGAAGUACUUCAGCUGCUGCCAAAAACUUACAUUUUGACCUGUGAGCAUGAUGUUUUGAGGGAUGAUGGAGCCAUGUAUGCCAAACGAUUAGAAGAAGCAGGAAUUGAUGUUACACAUGACUACUAUGAUGACUGCUUUCAUGGCUGCAUGAUAUUUGCCACUUGGCCUACCUAUUUUUCGGCAGGUGCUCGCACAAGAGAUGGGUAUAUCAAGUGGCUUAGAGACCAUCUUUAGAAAAGAAGCUCAGCUCUUGAGCUACUCAACUAACUAUUGCAAUUGUAUUGCUUAUUAAAAUUAUUUUAUAACUAAAUUGCUUAACUCCUAUAACAUCAAAUAUUUGUUUACCACCUUACAAGGAGAAUGUAUAUAAAUCUGCUACAGCAGCACUGUCUAUGUAAUGUAUGUGCUUUAUUAUUGGCCAAGCACAUGGAAUUUGAAAACUACUAAAUAUUUAUAGCUGGAUACCCUUGAAUAAUAGAUUUGCUUCCACUAAGACAUUAUCAAUCCAUGUACAAAAAAGUAAAGACCUGAUUUAGUCUCUGUGCAGAAACAA